AUGGCUUCUGAUGAUGGUAAGGCCUCAGUGGCCUUCGCCCCUUCGACUUCUAGCUCCACUCCACUCGCUGAAGAACUUCGCUAUUUCAUCGUCCGGUCCGACAGAUCCAUGGUACCGCUAGUGCCGGCCGAUCAACUUCCUUUUCAGCUUGAAGGAGUUCAAUGCACGCUGAGUCAUUGGCAAGUUGCGGUGGAGAAGUGGAAGUUCAUACGGGAAACCAUGGCAUAUCCCUCCCAGCUUGCGGUCCAAACAUCCGAACAACCCCUUUCACCUAGACCCUUGGCCUCUGGUACGAAGACCUCAACCCCUCAGGUCAGCAUCCAAGCAAUAUGUCAAUCACCUCGCUCCCCUAUAUUUGUACCCUCUAAUGCCAAAGCUAGAGGCGAGGGUUAUGCUAUGAAACUAGGAAGAAUGCCUAACCGUAACUCUAACUUCCAACCUCCUCCGAGACCCAGGUCUCUCAAAUGGUCUCAGGCAGAGUCUCCAGAUCAUCGUCAUGCUACAUGUUCUUCGACUAAACUUGGAUUGGCUACUUCUGGUUUGGAAAAACGCCCGGUGUUACCCACUGACGGCAUUGUCGGCACUUUUCAGACAGAAGUACAGCGCUUUGACUACAGGCAACAACUUCUUCCUCCAUCAGGCAUCAAACAAGACCCGCCAAAGAAGGUAUACUGCACCUAUUGGCUUAGGCGUGGCGAGUGUGGGUAUACAGCGAAAGGCUGUCGAUACAAGCAUGAGAUGCCUUCUUUGAAUGUUUUGCGCUCAAUUGGUAUUAGCUCUGUACCCAAGUGGUGGAAGGAGAAGGCUGCAAUUCGAACCGGUGGUACAUGGCACCAGCACCAUAUGAACGAGAAUGAAAAGAGCCGCGAGUUAUCAACCUACUCAGAGGAUCACAAUACCUGGAGUCAAAUUCCCAAGCGAGAAACUCACGAUGCGCGGCAUGUAACUCUCUGGAACGAGACCGCUGACCUUCAGCACAAUACCGCUAUAAACGACAGUGAGAAUAAGGCUACAUGCGCUACUGAACCAAAAACAGCAGGCUGCACUCAAGGAGACCUAAUCGUUCUCGACCAGCCUGCAUUUUCUCCAAAACCACAGCUUCAGCAAGCCGUUCCGAGCGUCGACUUUCACUCCGUCUCUCGCCAGAGUUAUGCAUUCUCUUGUGGUUCUCCUUCUCUUUCACCCCCACCAUAUCCUGUACCGCGAUCUUCUGUCCAUCCACCUAUUUCCCCUCAAAAGCCCCCCAACAUUCUCCGAAACUCGGGUUCCUCGCCCUCAGUAGAUUAUCAACGGCGACACGAGCACAGGGGAGCCCAACAGACUAAUCUUGCACCGCAGCCUCCAUCCACGAAGAAGCUCGGUCAGCCAAUGUCAAGACAUGCCACUACUGAUGGUGAACACGCCGAAGCCUCCCCCAACACUACUUACUCCCAACGCCACGAAUUAGAGAGAUCUCCCUCUAGUCUGCGAAAGCAAACCACCAACCUUAAGCACGUGGAUCAUCAUCACGAAAAGUGCAGCCGCUGCCAGAAAACCUCUCACCGCGUAGAUGGGUUCGCUUCAAGGAGGCCAUCGAAGGAUCACGUCUCGCUUACCUCUGCGCCAGCCGCGUCUACUGAACCAUUUGUCGGCUUGAUCUGA